AUGUCUUUACAUACUCCUUACGGCAUGCUGCCACAGACCAAAGAGUCGAUAUCGCACAUUCUAAAGCACUACGAAUUAUUCAAGCAAGAUAGAAAGUCUCGUGAACUGCCUCCACAGCCCAUGAUUGUGGGUGUUUCUGGAUGUCAAGGCAGUGGCAAAACAACACUUUGUGAUACUCUGGCGCAUUUAUUGAAAGAAGCUCCUUACAAUCUACGAGUCGUGAGUUUCUCAUUAGACGAUGUGUAUCUGACACACCAGGACCAGGUCAAGCUAUCGCAAAAGUACCCCAACAACCCACUCUAUCAGCAACGGGGCCAAGCUGGCUCGCAUGAUUUAGCACUGGCCAGCCAAACAUUGCAGUUGCUCUUGAGCACAAGGAAGCAAGGAGAUACGGUGCCUAUCCCAGUAUACGACAAAUCAUUGCACUCGGGCCAAGGCGAUCGCUUGGCUAAGUCAGACUGGAAAUACCCUGUUGCACCCUUUGAUAUCGUCUUGUUUGAGGGUUGGAUGCUUGGAUUCAAGGCACUGCCUGAGAAGGACGUCAAACAGCAUGUCAAUCUCAAAUUUGAUCAAGUCAAAGUCAUGAACACGGAACUGCAGAAAUACGAAGACAACUUGUACCCUCAUUUUGACAUCUUCAUCCAUCUAUCACCAUUCAAAUUGGAUCAAGUGUAUCAGUGGAGACUGCAGCAGGAGCAUCACAUGAAGCAAACUCGAGGCGUGGAUGGAUUGUCGGAUGAGGCUGUGCGAGCGUUUGUCGAUACUUACAUGCCUGCGUAUGAGCUGUACUUGCCUCGCUUGGAUAAAGUGGGAUUCUAUGGACAAGGCUACCUGGGUGAGCCGCUCAAGGGCUACGAAGGAGUGAAGCGAUCAGACGGGGGCUACAGUCAGCCCAACCGACAUUUGAGAGUCGUACUGGAUCAGGACAGAAAAGUCAUUGCAUCAGGCACAUUGAGAGAAACAGUAAUGAAUGUACAGACAGCGGUUGCCUUGGCACCCAGCAGCAGCCGGUUCUUUAGCAAGAAGCUGGUGUAUCAAUGUGCUUUUAUAGGUGUGUUGGGCUUGAUUGGAUACAAGCGCAAUUCUAUUCUAAACACAUUUAUGAAAUUAUCAAAGAAAUUAACCAAAUAA